AUGGUUAUAGAGCAGCAGCAAAAUAAUUCAGACAAUAAUCAAACUGCAUCAGACGACAAUAGUCUAUCCGACGAAGGCGAUAGACGAAUUAUUGAACUCGGUUACGAGCCUGUCUUCAAACGUGAAUUUGGCCGGCUCUCUUCAUUUUCCUUCGCCUUCUCCAUUUCUGGUCUCUAUGCUACAAUUGCAACGACAUUUAUCUAUGGUUUGCAAGCGGGUGGUGCGCCGGCACUCGUCUGGUGUUGGCUAAUUGCUGGCUCAGGGUGUAUGUGUAUUGCAUUGAGUGUUGCUGAACUCGUUUCUGCCUAUCCAACGUCAGGUGGACUCUAUUUCACGUUGAAAUAUCUUGUCCCAACUGAGCAUGUUCCGUUGACGUCGUGGCUCUGCGGCUGGUUAAAUCUUCUCGGGCAAGUCGCUGGAGUUGCUUCGACAGACUAUGGAUGUUCGCAACUUCUACUUGCUGCCAUCAGUAUGGGCACAGGAUUUCGUUAUCAACCAACUGCUGGACAUACCGUUGGUGUCAUGGCUGCAAUUAUUAUUCUUCACGGCUUUAUCAAUAGUCUCACCACGAAAUGGCUUGAUCGAGUUACAAGAUGGUAUGCCAUCUUUCAUCUAGCUGUAUUAGUAUCGGCAAGUAUCGUCUUGUUGGUGUUUCAAAAAGAAAAACACUCAACGAAGUACGUGUUCAUUGAAGUUCAACCACAUAGUGGCUGGAGUCCUGUUGGAUUCUCGUUUCUAUUUGGAUUCCUUUCCGUUGCCUGGGCAAUGACAGAUUAUGAUGCAACAGCACAUAUUGCAGAAGAAAUUCAGAAUGCAGCUGUACGCGCUCCACAGGCAAUUGCUUCUGCUCUCUUCCUCACUUACAGUCUCGGUUUCCUCUUUAACAUUGUUCUCGCCUUCACUAUGGGAGACAUUGGCGAUCUUCUCUCCUCACCAACAGCCCAACCAUUUGCUCAGAUCUUCUACAACGUUCUCGGUGCAACAGGUGGCAUUCUUUUUACACUCUUUGCCUUCAUCAUUCUGAAUUUCUGUGGCAUUGCAGCGCUUCAAGCAAAUGCACGAACAAUCUUUGCUUUUUCACGUGAUGAACUUCUACCGUUUUCAAAAGUUUGGAUACGAAUGAAUAGUUACACUCAGACUCCUCUGAUUGCUGUUUGGCUAAAUGUCUUUCUUGCUGUAGGCAUCAAUCUGAUUGGGCUCGGUUCCUAUACGGCAAUUGCAGCAAUCUUUAAUGUCUGUGCAAUUGCACUUGAUUGGAGUUACUGUAUACCGAUAAUUUGUAAGUUGAUCUAUGGUGCUAAAACAGGAGGAUAUAUUCCUGGACCAUGGAAUUUAGGAAAGUUUUCGGUGCCGAUCAAUUCCUGGUCAGUGAUCUGGACGUUGUUUGUCUCAAUUAUCUUUUUAAUGCCAACAAAUCGACCGGUAACAGCAGAAAAUAUGAAUUAUGCAGUUGUCAUUCUCGUAGGAAUUCUUACAUUUGCAAUGAUCUAUUGGUUUGUUGGUGGUGCACGAAAAUACUAUACUGGACCGCGUACCAAACACCAGAUGCAGAAAGAAAACGAUAAUAUUAUUGAGUUCGUUUCUUCUCCGUAUGAAAAAGAUCAAGUAGUUAAAUUUUGA